AUGCAGGCAAACGCGCCAACAGACGAUCUCGAAUUGACAAAUCUUCAGCAAGCUGAAUAUCAGGACUUGUCAUCGAGGUUGGAGAUGUCCGAUCGACGCACAUUCCUUGAGACAAUCAAAGAAAUUGCUUCUUCAAUCAAAAAACUUUUGGAUGCCACAAAUGCAGUUAUGCAAGUAGUCCAUCCGAGCGCUCAACUCUGUAUCAAUUUCGGCAAAUCAGCUGAUUUUUCAAACAACGCUGUUGAUAAAAACGAUAAGAGAAAAAAUGAGAAGGGUUAG